UCUGUGUCCUCGCGGCGCGGGAACUAACUGCGCGGUGGUCAGCCGGCGUCCGGAGACGCGCGGGCCGUCAUGUCUCUGGCCGCAGUCGCCGUGUCCUCCGCGGCGGGGCUGCUGGCGCUGGCGCUCGUCCUCAGGAGCAUGGCGCGGGCGUACUGCCGCCUGGUGGCCGGCGGCAUGCUGCUGGCCAAGUGGAUCCUGCUGUGCCUGCUGCUGCCCGCUGCCUUGCUGCGCGGCUGGAGGAAGCCGAGGCGGGUCCCGGCCGCGCGCAGCCCUCUGCUGCUGCUCAGCGGCACCGCGCUCGCAGAGAUGAUCAGGACCAAGCAGGUGACCAGCGAGGAGGUGGUGCAGGCGUUCGCGGCGCGCGUGGCCGAGGUGCAGCCCGUGCUGAACGCCGUGGUGGAGGAGCGCUUCUCCGCGGCGCUCGAAGAGGCGCGCUCCGCCGACCGCCUGGUGCAGUCGGGCCAGCUGAGCCCCGCGGAGCUGGCGCGCCGCCUGCCGCUGCUGGGGGUGCCAGUCACCGUCAAGGAGAGCAUCGCCGUCAGAGGCAUGAGCAACGGCGCGGGCCAGGUGCGCGAGGCGGGCCAGAAGGCGGCGGAGGACGCGGAGGCGGUGCGGCUGCUGCGCGAGGCGGGGGCGGUGCCACUGCUCGUCAGCAACACGCCGGAGCUCUGCAUGAACCUGGAGACCUUCAACAACGUGACGGGGCGCACCAGCAACCCGCACGACAGCCGCCGCACCCCGGGCGGCUCCUCCGGCGGCGAGGCAGCUCUGCUGAGUUGUGCUGCGUCUGUGCUGAGCAUUGCCUCCGAUAUUGGCGGAUCAAUCCGUAUACCAGCAGCUUUCACGGGCGUCUUCGGGCACAAGCCAACUCCAGGUUUGAUAUCUAUUUCUGGCCACAAUCCAACGUCUACGGACAGAAUGUGGUCAAAAAUGUUCACCAUUGGCCCAAUGACGAGGUAUGCGGAAGACCUGCCCCUCAUGAUUCGCAUACUCGCAAACGAGAACGCCAAACUGCUGAAUCUGGAUGAGCCGGUUGACUUCAAAACUUUAAAGGUAUAUUUUGUGGAAGAUGAUGCUGGAUCCAUAGUUUCCGAUAGUUUCAGCCCAGAAAUACGGCAAGCUUUACGAAAUGUGUUGGAUCACUUCAGGACAAAUUACAACACAGAGAUAAAACAGAUGCAUCUUCCAGGUCUCAGUUCAGUUGUGCAAUUGACCAUGCCACUUAUAUUCAUUGAUGGCAUAAAAGAUGCUUUCCAUGACGAAUCUGACCCACAGAAGAAGAAGAGCGUGGUGUUGGAGCUGCUGAAGUUCAUCGUUGGUCGUUCCGAACUUUCCUCUUCUUGUGUGUUGUAUGGCGUGUUGAAGAGUCUGGUCGACUUCGCCACUCCAGAAAGCACAAAGAAAAACAUAGCUGAGGAAAAUGCUAAGCUAAAAGAACAUCUCAAGGAGUUACUGGGCACCAACGCGGUGCUGCUGUACCCCACGUUCGUCAGCAGCGCUACUCUCCACGGAGAGAUACUCACGCGGAUUUUCAACGCCCACUAUGCUUUGGCCUUCAACGUGCUGGAGGUCCCGGCCACCAGCUGCCCCGUGGGUUGCGACAGGAAGGGCUUGCCCAUUGGCAUCCAGGUGGUUGCCGGACCAUCCCAGGAUCGACUGUGUGUGGCCGUCGCCAGGGAGAUUGAGCGAGCCUUCGGAGGCUGGAUCAAGCCUCCAGCAGUGGAAUAAAUGCCCUGAGAACGCUGUGAAGCUAGCGGUGCUGUCCUUCAACACUGAAGUUUGGGAAACUGCUACUCAAGCUGUCCAGUUCAGCCCCACCACCACCACCACCACCACCACCACCACCACUUCAAGACAGUUUGACUUCAUGCCAAACACAUUCACAUCACAAUAUGACCAGCCAUUGAUGUUCUAAAUACAAUGAAGUGCUUAUAUGGUUACAAAAUAGUCUCAACCAUUUCUUGACUGCAAAAAUUGUUUCCUUCUCUGGCCCUUGCUGGACAAACACAAAACUAUGUAACUGCAGUAAUGAGCAAUUGGGCUUACAAUUACAGCCACCCAAAGGUACGGGACUGCUGACUAAUGCAGUGUCAGAGGAAGAAGUGGGGAGGAAAGGGAAAGAAGUGCUAAUAAAGUAUUUUAUAUUUACAAUAACAGGGAAGGAAGAAUGCUGAGCUAAUUAUGAUGUAUUCCAUAUGUUCCACAUGGGUGAUUAGAAGGAGCUUCACUAACUGCAUACAUAAUGUAUAUUCACAAAUAUACAUGUAAUACUAAUCUCGAGGGGAAAUUUUAUACAAAACUCACUAUGGAACUGGUGCAAUGGAAUUUUUUUUCUUGCAGUAAAACAUAAUUUUCACAAAAAAAAUUUAAAUUGUGAAAGAAAGAAGUUAACUACAACAGUGCUAUGCAAAGUACUGCAGUCAUGAAUCAGGAUAUUUUUUAAUAUAAGGAUCUGAGAAGGGAAGAAAAAAAAUUAUUUUUGGUUUUUAACCUGAUGUGCCAUCUAGCACAAACAAGAUAUUUUUUUUAUUUAAUGAUUUUAAUGUGUUUAUUAUAUGGAUACACGAUUACUCAAAAUUUUGACUAGUAGAGUCAAAGUUUAAGUACUUGCCUCAAGCCUAAUUUUAAGGCUUAAAAAUUUUUAUUAGUUUACUGUUUGGUAUAGGGAAACAUCAAUCACUUUCAAUCUCAUAAAAAGCCUCAAGCCUAAUUUUAAGGCUUAAAAAAUUUGAUUAGUUGACUGUUUAGUAUAGGGAAACAUCAAUCACUCUCAAUCUCAUAAAAAGCCUCAAGCCUAAUUUUAAGGCUUAAAAAAUUUGAUUAGUUGACUGUUUAGUAUAGGGAAACAUCAAUCACUCUCAAUCUCAUGAAACAUCAUUCACUAAAACACAUCUGGAGUAUUCUAGGAUUCAAUACCUAGAAAUUGUGAAGCUUGUAAAAUGUGUUCAAUAGGAGGCAUGAUUAGUUGAUGCAGAACUGAUUUUAAAAAAAGAAGUAAUUGUUAUAAAUAAAGUACUUCAGCAUGUGAGACUUAUUUUAUCACAAAAUGAAGAUCAGCAUUGAAUUUUCUAGUGAUGGUGGCUGAUUUUAUAUAAUCUUAUUCUGUAUCUAUGAUUUCUUUUUUUGGACGUAAUAGCGAUCAUUGUUCGCGCAUCAUUUUUGUUUAUGUUAACCUAUACUAGAAAAAAAAAAAACACUUCUCUGGAAGUGACUUAUUCAAAAUUUUGUAAAAUUUGCUGCAGUAACUAAAGUUUCUUAAAAUUUAAAAGAAAUAAGCAUACAAAAUGUCUGUUUCACCAUCUGCCUAGUUGAAAAUAAUAAUGAAGCACGUGAAUGGGAACUCAAAUGAACAAGUGAUUGAAUAAACACACACAAAGCACCAUAAAACUAGUUACUAACGGAAGCAUCAUAACUACCACAGAUGCACCAUAGUUACCGUAAAUAACCAUACAUAUAUUAGACAAAUGAAAUGUUACAUCACAGCUACUUAACCCACUGAGCACAAGCACAAUAUUAUAGUACAUACACCCAGAAUAUUCUUGUUCUGGGCACAUAGUGAAUAGGGCAGCUCCAGAGGAAAAGUUAUUACAAUCACUAACUUCAAAGAUAAAUUUUAUAACCUAACCUUAACCUACAAAAAAUAACUACCUAUUGCUGUAAAUAACUGUGUAUUUAAAUGAGUGAAUAAAGUUGGUUCAUGGUUAAAUGAACCCAAAAAAUCUG